AUGGUAUUUUUGAGGUCAAGUCGACUGCUGGAGACACCCACCUUGGAGGCGAAGAUUUUUGACAAUCGAAUGGUCAACCACAUCGUUGCUGAAUUCAAACGUAAGCACAAGAAGGAUCUUGCCACCAAUUCGCGUGCUCUCCGUCGUAUUCGUACUGCUUGUGAACGCGCUAAGAGGACUUUGUCUAGCUCUACUCAAGCGAGGUUAUUUUUUACUUUUUUGACCUUGACUUGA